UCGAACGGACCUAUCAGCGUUUCGCGAGCGUGACCCGUGAUUCCUUGCGCGUUGGAGUACGGACCAAGGUUUUCCGAUCGGUCGUCGUAGUUUGAGGAGGUGAAAAGUGUUGCGGUGCUUACUCGAUAUUCUUAUGAAAUCUUACAUUUAACGGGCGAACUCCUUUCACAACCAUGUCGACUACAACUAAUCACAAAUACCGUUACAAAAAUAUGGGCUUAGACUCGCAAGAAUUGAGACGACGCAGGGAGGAAGAAGGUGUUCAACUAAGAAAACAAAAACGAGAACAACAGUUAUCAAAGAGGCGCAAUGUUCCUAUCAUUAUUGAUCAAGAGCCUGAUGCAACUGAUGAUUCGCUUCCUGUACCACAAACGCAACCAUCUAUCAUAACAACUGAUAUAGUGGAAGCAUUAUAUAGUCCUAAUCCAGAAGAUCAAUUGGGAGCUACUCAGAAGUUUAGAAAAAUGCUAUCCAAGGAGCCAAACCCACCGAUAAAUGAAGUUGUAAGAACAGGAAUUGUACCUAAAUUCGUUGAGUUCUUAAAAAAUAAUUCAAACUACACUCUACAGUUUGAAGCUGCAUGGGCUUUAACGAACAUAGCAAGUGGAACAUCUCAACAAACGCGUAUAGUGAUAGAUGCAGGGGCUGUGCCCAUCUUCAUACAAUUACUUAGUUCCGAAUAUGACGACGUCCAAGAACAAGCUGUUUGGGCAUUGGGCAAUAUUGCAGGAGAUAGUCCUGAAUGUAGAGAUCACGUAUUAGACAGUGGGAUUCUUCCUCCCCUCCUCCAACUUCUUUCUAAGGCAACGCGUUUAUCGAUGACACGUAACGCGGUAUGGGCAUUAUCAAAUCUCUGUCGAGGAAAGAACCCAGCAGCGAAUUUUGAAAAAGUCGCACCAUGUUUGCCAGUUCUAGCGCACCUCCUUAAUCACUCUGAUAGCGACGUUCUUGCCGAUGCAUCCUGGGCUCUUUCUUAUUUAAGCGACGGACCGAAUGAUAAGAUUCAGGCAGUUAUCGAUGCAGGUGUAUGCAGACGCCUUGUAGAAUUACUCAUGCAUCAGCAAAACAACGUGGUAAGCGCGGCCCUUCGAGCCGUGGGAAAUAUAGUGACUGGUGAUGACAUACAAACGCAAGUCGUUCUUAACUGUUCUGCGUUACCUUGUUUAUUGCAUCUAUUGAACUCGCCGCGCGAACCCGUUCGUAAGGAGGCUUGCUGGACAAUCUCUAACAUUACGGCAGGAAAUCCUCAGCAAAUUCAGGCUGUUAUCGAUGCCCACAUAUUCCCCGUCCUGAUAGAAAUUUUGGGAAAAGCCGAGUUCAAAACUAGAAGAGAAGCAGCUUGGGCUAUCACUAACACUACCAGCGGUGGACAACCUGAACAAAUACGUUAUCUUGUUGUACAAGGAUGCAUUCCACCAUUAUGUGAUUUACUGACAGUCAUGGAUGCUAAGGUGAUCCAGGUUGCGUUAAACGGUUUAGAAAAUAUUUUGCGUCUCGGAAACCAAGAUGCCAUGCAUAAUGGUCUUAAUCAGUUUGCGGUAUUAAUCGAAGAAUGUUUCGGCCUAAAUAAAAUAGAAUUUUUGCAAUCUCAUCAAAACAUAGAAAUCUACCAAAAGGCCUUCGAUAUUAUUGAACGAUACUUCGGUUCUGAGGAAGAAGAUACGCGCAUUGUACCCACCAUAGAUUCUCAAGGACAUCAAUUUCAAUUUGGUGCGCCCGAUUCAGCUCAACUACCGGUCCAAGGCUUUGAGUUUUAAUGAAUUAAGUUUGAUUAAAACACCGAAUGUACCUUCGAAUUCGAUCUUGUUUCAUUCGUUACGUUUAUGAUUAUUUCUCGUGACCGGACAAUCCCUGAAAUUGAAGAAUCGAUCAGCUGCAAAGAGUGGUAUAUUUAUACACACAUACUUUGAAUUCGUUUAUAUUCGACAAAAAGAACGAAAAAAAAAGAAAACAUCAGUAAUAGCUCGAAGUGAUCAGUUUUUUUUGCUCGAUGAUGAAAAUGAGUAAAAUGUUUGUAAGCAGUUACUUUAAAUGGUUUUCUCUUAUUACUUUUAGCUACACCAUACGUUUCUAAGUUUUAUCACAACGCGAUUGCAUCUACGAACCUACGCCAAAUUGUGACGGUGUUUUCAUCGGGAGCAUCGUUAACGAUUUGGGAAGGCUCACUUUUCGAAACUCAUACAUAAAUGUAUUUAGUAUGAAACAUUCAGUUUAUUGAAAUUAACAAAAUAAAUAUCUUAGCGCUUAAGUAGAAACGGAUAAGUACGGAAACAAUGAUCAAGACGAUUAACUAUCGAGGCAGACCUGGCACCCUCGUACGACGUAUGACUGACUCAGAAUUACGAAAAACUUGCACAACUGGCAAGACACUAACGACUGAAGUACGCGACUACGUAGCCAACACGGACAACAUUACGCAACGCGGUACUCACCCCUCCUUACUACAUUAGGUAGGAACAUGACCAAUUAAACUUUUUUACUGUAAAUACGUAUCUUGUAAUUUUAAGGCUAUUCUAUACAGAGUGCCCUUAAGAAGCGAAGCAACAUUUACGUCGGAUUAGCGUAAUUACUUUCUACUUUUUUUUUGUUUUUGUUUCAUGUUUUUAAUAUUUUAUCUUAUAUCGGCGCAGAUGUAUUGCUGGAAUAUUUUGUUACCUACGUUAAAUUAAAUUAAUUGCGCAAAUUUUAAUAUAUUUCCGCAUUCGUAUCAAAAUUAAGGACUGCACAAUAUAUAAUGAUUACAUGUUUAAUCGUGCUUAAAAAAAUUCCAAGAGACGAAUUUUCAAUCUUUUUCAGUGAUUUUGUCCCAAGAUCAUGCUUUUACAGGAUUACAACAAUAAAUAUUUCUGAAAAUGAGUUUCCGUUUUGUUAUGUGAGCAGAAAUCUACGCAAAUAUGCUUAUGAUAAGGAUUGAUCGUAUCGCGGUUGUACAGCACAUAAAAUUUUGGACAUUCUGUAUAAAAGGUCUGUGACUGUAUAAAAUGUAUUUAUUAUUUAGGUUUGACGGUACCAUGCUAUAUUAUACAAGAUAAUAUAAAUAUAUAUUACCUACUUUUA